AUGCGACUAUCGAUAAGAGAGUCUUGGCAUCAGACUUCGCCUUUUGCACUUCCCUCUUCUCUACUCCUCCCCUACAUCAAAAUGGCUGCCCACCGCGCUGACGCCAGCUCAUUUCUCGACAAUCGCGGCUACAAGGGCCCCUUGGUCCGUGGUGUGAAUCCAGCUACCCUCUUCGAAAAAGCCGUUCGCGACCGCAUCACCGACUCAUACUACUGGAAGGAACAAUGCUUCGGUCUGAACGCGGCAACUCUGUGUGAUCGCGCAGUUGAGCUGACUUCCCUGGGUGGUACAUACGGUAUCUCCGAAAAGCCGACGCCGUUCCUCUGCCUCGCCUUCAAGCUACUCCAACUUGGACCAGACCGCGAAGUCAUCCUUGAACUACUCAACUAUACCGACCCCGGCAGCGACGAGGAGGGACAAAAUGCGGAUGACAAUGUCGUGAAGGCGCGAGGUGAUUUCAAAUAUUUGCGCGCCUUGGCUGCGUUUUAUGUGCGAUUGACCUUUGAUGCCGUUGACGUUUACAAGACGCUGGAACCGCUUCUCCUCGAUUAUCGGAAAUUGAAACGGCGUGUGCGCGACACAUUCACACUCACGUAUGUGGAUCAAUUCGUCGAUGAUCUUCUCACCAAGGAUCGUGUGUGCGGUACAAGUCUGUGGAAGCUCCCACCACGUGCGCAAUUAGAGGAUCUGGAAUUAUUGGACGAGCGCAUCAGCCCGCUCGCAGAUGAGCUGGAGGAAUUGGACCGAGAACACAACGAGGAAUCCGAGAAAAGCAGAGAAAACAGUCCUGCUGGAUCUCCCUCUAGAGACGAAGAUCCCAAGCGCAACGAGGGCGACGAUUGA